UUCCCUUUUCUCCUCACCUUUUCUUCUCUUUUAUGUCAUCCCCUCCUCAUCUUUUCUGAAUUUCUCCCCUUCCCUCCUCAUCUCUGCCCAAUAACCCAGUUCUCUUGUUUCUCAGACUCAAUACUCUCACCUCUCUUUGCACAUCAGCGUCAGUCUUUCACCUCUCUCUACCAAGUCACUCUCUCCUCUUCUCAGCAAUCUGCUCUCAUUCUCUCAACUUUAUUGAGAUUAAAAAUGGCAAGCAGCGGUAGAGGUGGAAAUGAUCCAGCAUGGAAGUAGGCAACUCCCGUCGAAGGAAAUUGAAAUGAAAUGUGAUAAGGUGCCACCGGAGAUCAAAACAGAGGUGAUUGCAUGGAUAAAGAGAAAAGAUUCUAUUAAGCAAGAAAAGGCAGCUGUUCAAGAUGAUAUUAGAGAAGAACUCCGCAAUGAUUAUCUUGGAAAUCAAACAAGUCUGUACAAUGACGAUGACGACAAUGAUGAUGAUGAUGAUAGAUUUCAGUAUCCACCAGACAUGCACCCUGUAGAACGACAAGAUUAUCGUGCUGCAGUAAGACGAUCAACCGUAGAUCGUGAUAAGAACUCUCAGUUUAGUAUAAGUGCAAGAUUUCAAUUUCCAAAACAAUCGAGGGGCGGUAGUAGCAGUCAACAACAACAACAAGUUGAUCGAUCAAAAACCUAUCGGUACUCAUUUCCUGAGCCUCCAGUAGCAAUGCCAUCAAAAGAUAGUUGAUCAAAACAAAGCACAAUUAAAUCAUUACUAAAAGGUGGUAGAGAACUAUUGGCAACAAUGUUGUCCAAAUACCACAUAUAUGAUGCUGUCCCUUUUAACAAAGCUGAUUCUUCACAUUUCCAAAACAUGUUGACUACAGCUGGAAAUCUAGGUCCUGGUGUAAAGCUUCCUACCUCCUAUGAAAUUCAGACUCGUUACUUAGAGAAUGAGUACACAGAAAUGAAAAGGUGUGUGGAUACUCACAGAGAAACCUGGAAAAUAUAUGGAUGCACUAUCACGUGUGAUGGAUGGACUGACCCAACCAAAAUGUCUAUUCUAAAUUUCAUGGUGUAUUCAAAAGGUUCAACUGUGUUUUUGAAGUCUGUAGAUGCUUCACAUAUGAAAAAAAAUGCUCAGUACAUAGAACUAUUGUUAGAUGAGAUUAUCCAAGAUGUUGGACCAGAAAAUGUUGUCCAGAUUGUCACUGACAAUGCAUCAGCAUUUAAAAAGGCCGGAAGGGAACUACAGAAAAAAUAUCCACUGUUCUGGAUCCCGUGUGCUGCCCACUGUAUCGAUUUGAUAUUUGAAGAUAUCGGGAAGAAAGAGACUGUUUCCACUGUCGUCAAAUGGGCUCAAAGUGUAACUAACUACAUCUACAAUCAUGGUUGGGUACUGGCUGAAAUGAGGAGUAUCACGAAGGGAGAUUUGAUUCGACCGGGUAAAACUCGAUUUGCGACAAAUCACAUUGCCAUCGAUAGUAUUUUGAAGAAGAAAUCUGAUUUGAGAAAAUUGUUUACAAGUAGCGCAUGGAAUGAGAAUGCAGCGAGCAUGACCAGAGAUGGAAAAAGGAUAGAAAAAAGAGUCCUCGAUGGGACAUUUUGGGAUGGCAUGGAAGCAGUCCAUAAAAUUUAUAAGCCAUUGUAUGAGAUUCUUCUAAUUGUUGACACAAAAAUUCAGCCAACCAUGCCCAUAUUAUAUGAUAUGUUUGAAAGAGUGAAACAACAAAUAUCACAGAUGAGAGGAAAGAAAUGGGUGCUUAAAAUCAUCAAUGAUCGAUGGGAUAACAUAUUAAGUCAACCAUUGCAUGCAGCAGCACAUUUCUUAAACCCAAAUUUUCAUUAUCGACAUGAUGUUGGUUACAGCCCACGUUUCACAAACUCUCUGGCAACAGUUGUCGAACAAUUUAACAUAAAUGGAGAAAUUGCGAAUACAUUUGUGGAUGACGUAACUUCUUAUUGA